AUGGCGGGCGGUGGAACGGCGGCCCCGCGGCGGCCGCUGACUCUGCCUGAGGUGGAGCCGGGCAGCGAGAACGAGCGGCUGGGGGUGGCCCGGGACAGCAUGCUGCGAAACCCGCUCAUCCUCAAGGCAGAACUGGGGAAGCCCCAGAGAAACUGCUACACCCUGCCAGGUUUUGAUUUUUCAUAUGGGCUGUACGUGCACAGGACAGAUGGAGGAGUCCCUGAAGCAAUAGGCCACUGGAACACAGUAAAGCCCAGAACUGGUUCAGUUCAGAAGAUGCCCCGAGACUUCAUCACCAUGAACCGUGGUGCUCUGAAGGCCGGUUAUACCACAGCCCACGAAUUUAAUUUGUACUACAAGGCCAAGGACAUUCGGUGCAAAGAUGAUGAAUAUAGCCGCUUCAAGAGAUGUCCUCCUAAAGUACCUGCAGACUUGACUUAUGGCAUCACAGCACGGCCUUGCACUCCCCUUUUUGACCUCCUCCAACACAAAUAUAAGGAGCUGUGGAUGGAGCAGCAGAGAGCCCUGACAGCAGCCCAGCGAGUGGAGAAGAAAAAGUCACAGAAAGACAAAGUGCGUGAAACUCGCACCACAUUGCUGCGAAAACACCCACUACCUGCAAAGGAAGAGUCCUUCUGGCACCUGCCCCACUUGGAGAAGGUUGGGCCUCAUCUCAGUACUUUUCCAGACCGUGACGCUCGUAAAAAGGCGUUCAGUGCCUCCCAUUGA